AAGAAAUGCAAAGUAAAAUUAAAGGUGCCCAGAUGGAAAAGGAAAAGAGACAUUCCCUCAUCUUAGUCCAUACAAAUACAGAUCACCAAAAUAAAAUUUUAUAGAGAAGGCCUAAUGUAGUUUCUUUCUAUAUAAAAACAAGCAGAGUUUGAGAAAUCCCUACCAAAUUCAGCACAAGAAAUCAUCUUCCCUUACAAUGCCUAAUCCACCGCAGCCACGGGCAUCCCGGCCGGCACACUCGAAGCUACUGAGAUUGAUUGCAAUAGUGUUGCUAGCCCUGGUUGUCCUCGUGGGUGUGGCUGUGCUCACCAUUUGGCUAGUGGUGAAGCCAAGGAGGCUUGUGUACACCAUUGAGGAUGGUUCAAUCCACGGCUAUAGCUUAAGCAAAAACAACCACCUCAAUGCCACCUUCAAAUUUGUGCUCAGAGCAUAUAACCCUAACAGUAAGGUGUCUAUAUACUAUGACAAGAUAGAGGCAAAGGUGUAUUACGACGACGAGAAUGUCGCGUACAACACUGUUGAUCCAUUCUUUCAGCCACACCGGAAUGUGACAAGGUUGGAGGUGAAGCUAGCGGCUGAAGAUGUGUCGUUGUUCCGGCCGGUGGCUAGAGACCUGGAGCUCGAGAAGUCAUCGGGUGGGGUCGAAUUGGAGGUCCGGUUUAAAGCGAGGAUAAGGUUCAAGUUGGGAAAAUGGAAGUCUAGACACCGGACCCUGAGGAUUUAUUGUGCUCCAGUGUUGGUACACUUCUCUUCAUCAAAGCUUUUUGAGAGGACUUUCUGUAACGUUGAUAUGUGAUCGACCUGUUCUGUGCUUCCUAGCUACUUCUUUUGCGGGUGGGGUUUGAUUUGAUGAUCUUCAAUUGUUUUCUCUUUUCAUUGUUCAUUAAAUUAAUUGUGUUAAUGAUUGUCAUGUUUGCACUUGGGAUUGUACCUAGAAAACCUAUAUAUAUGUAUGCAUAUAUGUAUGUAUUGAAUCCAAAACUUAGGUUUUUCUCUCUGUAUCUUGAAAAUGAAUGCUCAGUAUCGUUUUCUUUUCA